AUCUUUUUAAAAAUCCCCACAUUCUCCAUUUUUCAUUAAAGAGAGAAAUGUAAGAAACAGAAAAUCUCAAAGUGACUCUUAUAAAGGAUUCUCAAGCCAGGUAUUGAUUGCUGCAAACAUGAAUUUCAAUGAAGAAUCCCAGAUGAUGGCUAUGGAGGAGCUGCUAGGCGAGGACCAGGCCCAAGCGGAGAAGCUGAAGCGGACUCUGAGAGCUCAGCGGCGGCGAAGAAAGCAGCCCCUGCUGGAGGCUGUUGGUCCCGCUGUGCUGCCUGCGGAGGAGGAGGCGGGGAAGGACCGAGCCGGGAUGGCGGCGUCUGCAGCCGCUGCCCGGCCACCGCGCAGCUUGCCUCCUGUCCCUUCUACCUCAAGAACAAGCUUUGCAGAAUUUUCCAUUAGGGAACGGAUGAGAGAAAAAUUAAAAGCUGCAAGGUCUAAAGCAGAAAGUGCUUUACUGCAAGAAGGUCCAAGUCCAAGACCAAGGCACUUAAAAAGCCUCAGGCAGAGAGAGUCAGAAACCAGAUGGGAUAAAGAGUCUGAUGAAGAUGAGUCAAGACACAUGCAAGAGGAUGAAUCCCAGAUGUCUUCUAGAGUCAAGUUUUGUGAUUCUGUCAAAAAACUCAAGCAAAAGUCACAUGUCCAGACUGAUUUUCCUUCUGCUGAAGAAGCAUAUAAUUUUUUUACUUUCAAUUUUGGUCCUGAACCAGACAAUAUAAAGGAUGAAACUAGGAGCAAAAAAAAGAGUGAAUCAAAUCAAGAGGAAGAGGAAGGGGAAGAACAGGAAUCUAUAGUAAGCCAUCAGCAAGAACAAACAGAGGAUGAAAUGGAUGAAGAGGACUGCCUUGUUAAUGAUAGAGAAGAUUUAUUCAUUAUAGAUCAAAUGGCUCGUGAUUUUCUAGUAGUAAAACCUGCAGAUUACAAAAGCUAUUCUGAGCGACUACAGAAGGAAAAAGAAAUUUUGUUCACUCCAAGCAUCCUAACAGUGCCUAUGUCUCAGAAGGUGCCUGAAAACAUGCAGCCGAGGUACCUAGAAGAUGAGGGUCUUUACACAGGAGAAAGGCCCAUUGUGUCACUAACUAAUCAAAACAUUCUAGAGAACAGAAUAUUGAGAAAGGAGCAGGGAAAAAGGUGGUUUGGAGAUGAUGGCAAACUCUUAGCGUUGCCUAGUCCAAUUAAACAAUCUUCUACGAGACCUCCAAUAUUUUCAUUGGAGGAAGGCAUAGAACCAGAACUUGAAACAUUGUAUAGAAAGGCAAUGAAACCCAUGCAUGCCAACCAAUAUAUUGUUGGAUCUGGGGACUCUCAGGGACAGUAUCAACUGGACAUUGAUAUUUCUGGGUUAAUAUUCACUCAUCAUCCCUGUUUUAGCCGUGAACAUGUUCUGGCAGCCAAACUGGCUCAGUUGUAUGAUCAAUAUCUAGCAAGAAGACAGCAAAACCUUACCAAACUCCUUACAGAUAAGCUGCAUGCUCUGAGGAAUGCUGUACAGAGUAGUUUGGACAACAGUGGAACCAGUGUCUCAAAUCCUGUAGCACAACAGAGCGUAACUGAAUAUAAAUUUGUAAUCAGGCAAACGAGAAGACUUCGUGAUGCUGAACAAGAAAAAGACCGAACGUUGCUGAAGACUAUUAUAAAAGUUUGGAAAGAAAUGAAAUCCCUGCGUGACUUUCAGAAGUUUACUAACACACCCAUGAAACUCUAUUUGAGAAAGGAAGAGGUUGACCAGAGAUCAGAUAAAAAAAUCUAUGAAGCAGAAAUUCAGGCUGAAAUAAAUGAACUAUUAGAAGAAUACAUGGAAGAGUAUGAAAAGAAAAUGGAAAAAUACAAAACUGAGCUACAAGAGUGGAAAUCUUGGAAAAAGGCACAGAAGACCAAGAAGAAAAAGAAAAGAAAACAAAGUCAAGACCAAGAGGAAGAAGAAGCAGAGGAGUCAGAAUAUGGUGAGGAACCAGUAAAACCCAUUCUUCCUAAGCUGGCUAAUAGGCUGGAGGUAGAGCAACAAGUUAGAGAAAAAGCUGUCAACAUCAGGAGGAAACCUGGAGAACCGGUUUUAAUUCCUGAGUUGAGCCUGACGGGAAGUGUAACUCCUAAUGAUCUGUGCCCCAGGGCAGAAGUUUUAAGACGAGAAGAUGUAAAGAAACGUUCAGUGUUUUUAAAAGUCCUUUUCAACACUAAAGAAGUGUCGAGGACCGUCACCCGGCAAAUAAGCUCAGACUUCAGAGUUCAUUUUGGACAAAUUUUCAAUUUGAAAAUAUUCAAUUGGCCAGAGAGUUUGAAACUUCAGAUAUAUGAAACAAUGGGACUCAGCAGCACUAACCUGUUAGCAGAAAUGUUUAUACCUGUUCCUGAGACUACAGUUCUCACUGGUAGAGCUCGUACAGAAGAAAUAGAAUUUAGCAGCAACCAGCGUGUGAUGUUGGACCACGAAGGAGUUGGGAGUGGUGUGCCAUUUUCAUUUGAAGCUGAUGGUAGUAAUAAGAUUACUUUAAUGACCUCUGGCAAAGUGUCCAAUAGUGUUUCCUGGGCAAUUGGAGAAAAUGGAGUACCCUUAAUUCCUCUAGUAUCACAGCAGAAAACAGGGAUUCCAAGUGCUUUAAAAAAUAUUGAUGCCGUUGCGUCUAUUGGCACAUCAGGCUUAAGUGACAUGAAGAAACUAGCCAAGUGGGCAGCAGAAACAAAGCUGGAUCCAAAUGACCCAAAAAAUGCAGAUCUGAUGCAGUUGAUAAUGGUUGCCACUAGUGGAGAUGCUUGUGUUCCUGGUUUCUUCAGACUGGAGCAAUUGCAGCAAGAGUUUAAUUUUGCUUCAGAUGAGGAACUUAACAGAUCAAAAAGAUUCCGACUCCUACAACUCAGACACAGAGAGGUGGCAGAGUUCCGUAAUUAUAAGCAAGUCCCUUUACUUGAAAGAGAAAUAACUGAAAAACUUUUUGAGAACUAUGAGAAAAGGCUCCGUGAGAGGGAUGUAAUUGACAGCAAAGAUCAUCUAGAUGCACACAGAGCUUUAGUUGCCAAGUAUCUCCAGAAGGUUAGAGAAUCAGUGAUAAACCGGUUUCUAACAGCAAAGCACCAUUUCCUUCUUUCUGACCUGGUAAAUGAAGAGGAGGUUCCUAGUCUUGGUAAUUUAGGACUCAGUCUUUUUAAACUGGCGGAGCCAAAGCGACCACUAAAGCCAAGAAGAAAGGAGAGGAAGAAAAUUACAGCACAGAAUCUAUCAGAUGGAGACAUAAAUCUUUUAGUGAACAUCAUUAGAGCUUAUGAUAUCCCAGUGAGAAAACCUAUUUUAAGCAAACUUCAACAGCCAUCCAGAUCUUCAAGGUCCUUUAAUGAGAUGUUUGCAGCAUCUCCAUCACUUCAGAGCCCAACCCACAGCAUUGAUUGGGCUUUCAACCAGGCUUUAGUCCAUCCUUUUGUAGAAGUUUCUUUUCAGCGAACAGUCUGCAGGACAACAACAGCAGAGGGGCCAAACCCCAACUGGAAUGAGGAACUUGAACUUCCAUUUAGAGCUCCUAAUGGUGACUACAGCACCACAAGUUUGCAAUCAGUGAAGGAUGAAGUGUUCAUUAACAUUUUUGAUGAAGUACUCUAUGAUGUCUUAGAGGAUGAUCGUGAAAGAGGAAGUGGAAUCCACACUCGUGUUGAGAGACAUUGGCUGGGAUGUGUUCGGAUUCCAUUUUCUACCAUAUACUUUCAAACAAGGAUAGAUGGCACAUUUAAGAUAGAUAUUCCUCCAGUACUCCUUGGCUACGGUAAAGAAAAGAACCUAGGAAAUGAGAGAGGAUAUGAUUCUGUCCGAAGUCUGAGUGAGGGGUCCUACAUAACACUGUUUAUUACUAUUGAACCACAGCUUAUUCCUGGAGAUCCAGUUCGGGAAAAGAUGAAUGAAAUGCUUAAGAAGUUUGAUACCCAAGAAGAUGAGAAGUUGCUCCAAGCAGCAGAAAAGUAUCAGGCUGAAUGUGCAUUGAAGUUUCCAAGCCGCCAAUGCCUGACAACUGUAGUUGACAUAAAUGGGAAAACAGUUUUUAUUACCAGAUAUAUCAAACCUCUGAACCCACCACAGGAGCUCCUUAAUGGUCAUCCUAAUAAUUCUCAGGCAGCAGCAGAGUUGGUGGCUCGAUAUGUUGCUUUGAUUCCUUUCUUGCCAGAUAGUGUGUCAUUUGCUGGAAUCUGUGACUUAUGGAGUACAUCAGAUCAAUUUCUUGAUCUUCUGGCUGGUGAUGAGGAGGAGCAUGCUGUGCUUUUGUGUAAUUACUUUCUUGCUAUGGGAAAAAAAGCCUGGCUGAUAAUUGGAAAUGCUAUUCCUGAGGGGCCAACUGCAUAUGUAUUAACUUGGGAGCAAAAUCAGUAUGUGAUUUGGAAUCCCAGUAGUGGACGUUGUUAUGGACAGUUUGAUACUUUCUGUCCAUUGCAAAGUGUGGGCUGUUUGAUUAGCUUUGAUAAUAUCUGGUUUAAUAUUCAACAAUAUGAUUCCCCAGUAAGGAUAAAUUUUGACAUCAGCAAACCCAAAUUAUGGAAAUCUUUCUUUUCACAAAGCUUACCAUACCCUGGUCUCUCCAGUGUUCAGCCUGAAGAAUUAAUUUACCAGCGUAUAGACAAGGCUGCUGCAUUAGAACUGCAGGGCAGGAUUGAAAAGAUACUGAAAGAGAAGAUCAUGGAGUGGAGGCCAAGGCAUCUAACUCGUUGGAACAGAUACUGUACCUCCACGCUUCGUCAUUUCCUGCCUCUCCUGGAACAGUUCCAAGGAAAAGCUGUAGAAGAUGACCAUCAGGCAGAACUGCAAAAACAGCUGGGAGAUUACAGGGUUUCUGGAUUUCCUAUUCAUAUGCCAUUUUCUGAAGUGAAACCUUUAAUAGAAGCUGUGCAUAGUACCGGAGUCCAUACCAUCGAUAUUUCAAAUGCAGAAUUUGCUCUAGCAGUAUACGUCCAUGCUUAUCCCAAAAAUGUUCUCUCUGUGUGGAUUUACAUUGCUUCACUUGUUCGUAAUAGAUAAAACUUUAUACUGGAAUAAAGGCACACAAUGAGACAGCAACUCCUUGUCAGAGAAAUGCUUUGGUUUAAAAAAACAUUGCAUCCAAUCGUACAUAAGGGAAUUGUUUGGAGUAUUGUUCACAUCCCCUAACAGUGAAGAUGAAAAAGCAUAGUAGUAUUUUAGACAUUGCCUUUGUAGAUAUUCUGAGGCACUUUCCAGGCCUUGGUUUUUUGCCUAUAUAAGAGAUUGUGUGCAUGCUGGCUUUUGCCUCUGUAUACUAUGAAACAUUACGUAUGGAGCAGAGCCAUUCUCCAGCUUGUUCAUAGCUCUGAGGGUAAAAAUGGCAGUAGACACUGGCAGCCUAUACCCACUAAGCCUCCCAGCACUGGUACUUUCAGAGCUGCUGUUAGGGUGGGAGAUUUCCCCCCAAAAUGUUAAUUGUAGACAUAGCUUCACCCCUCCGUCUCAUCCGGGCAUGGCCUCAACAGCUUGGGUAAAACACCUCAAGGAGGAACUCUGCCUACACACUUUCAGCUGACACCAACCUGUAUGCAUUCUACGUGGAUGGUUCCGAAACUCUGUCCAGUGAAAUUACUUCAGUCAAGAGACUGUGACAAAGUGGGGUUUUAUUCAUCUUGUUAUGUUACAUGUGAGUCUUACUGUCAUAUACUAAUACUAUGUGUGCCUCAGUUUCCCUGUGUACUGCACCAAUAUUUCGGUGGUAGGAACU